AUGGCCUAUGAUCACCACGUGACUAUCUGCAAACCCCUGCAUUAUAUGAUGAUCAUGAACCAAAGGGUGCGUGUUUUGCUGCUGCUGGUGACCUGGGUCGGAGGUUUUGUGCAUGGUAUAGCUCACCUUCUCUUUGUUUACAGUCUUCCCUUCUGUGGUCCCAAUGUUAUUGACCACUUUUGCUGUGACAUGUAUCCAUUAUUAAAGCUUGCCUGCACUGACGCCUAUGUCAUUGGUCUCACUGUGAUUGUCAAUGAUGGGGUAAUAUGUGUGGUCAUCUUUAUGCUGUUACUCAUCUCCUACGGAGUCAUUAUGCACUCCCUGAAGAAUCUUAGUCAGAAAGGGAGGCACAAAGCUUUACCCGCCUGUGGCUCCCACAUCACUGUGGUGGUCCUCUUCUUUGUCCCUGGUAUUUUUCUGUAUGUGAAACCUCCUUCCACCUUACCCAUUGAUAAAUUCUUGACGGUGUUUUGCACUGUUUUCACACCUAUGUUUAAUCCCUUAAUCUAUACUUUGAGAAAUUCAGAGAUGAAAAAUGCCGUGAAGAAGCUUUGGACAAGAAAAAGAAAAUGA